AGUGGAAAAAAAAGGAAGGUGUGGUCAUGGCUGUUGAUUACUUUCUUCUGGGUGAAUAUGAGACAGAACAAGCGGGAAAGGACAGAGAAAAACGGAGUGCUGGAGACAUUAAGAUUGCAAGGAAUUUCCAGACGUCCUUCAUGAACAAGUGGUGUGACCAGUUUCAACAUGAAUAAUAACCAGACUAAUGGUCCCACGUACGACAACAUCGGCUUCCAGCAUGAGGAAAGUCGACCCCCACCAUUCGCGCCACAGCAAGGGAUCUAUCCUACUCUCCCUGAGCCGACUCCAAGCUACGUCGCCUUCGCUCCCAUACCGAUCAACACCCACCAAACGACGACCCCUGCCGCGCCACAAAAUACCACAGAAAACAAAGGAAGAACGAGGUGUGCAUGGAAACGUAUCCUGUGUGCAUCCAUAUGUGUAUUUCUUGUUCUGGUGAUCCUCACCCUCUUAUUGUGGUACUUCUUGUACUACCAGUGUGCACUGGGCAAGUCAUGCAGGUAUAGUCUGAAGUGUCUACGCACCUCCCAGUGGUGUGAUGGCGUCACAGAUUGUUUGCAUGGCGAGGAUGAGUCCAACUGCUUUCGUCUUUCUGGAAGCAACUUUAUGCUGGAGAGUUUCUCAUCUGAGAGCCAAUCGUGGAUUCCUGUAUGUGGUGACAGAUGGGAUGACAAUUUUGGGAAAGCUGUGUGCGGGCAGAUGGGUUACAAGAGGCAGGAUUAUGUAACCUACAGGCAAACAAAUGUGGGCUCUUUAACCUCGAGAGGAUUCAUGAAGCUGAUGCCUAGCAGUGACCAUAAAUCGCUAAUACAGUCCCAACUCUCUUUCAGUCAAAGUUGCAAAGGGACAUCUGUCGGGCUUCGUUGUAUGGAUUGCGGAGAAAGUUCUGCAUUCCCCAGCAGUCGCAUUGUAGGGGGUACGGAGGCUUCAAAUGAAGUCUGGCCAUGGCAGGUCAGUCUCCAGAUUUCUGGUCGAGGACACAUUUGUGGAGGCUCAAUUAUCAGCUCAUACUGGAUUGUAUCUGCUGCGCACUGCUUCCAAAGGUUCUCCAGACCAUCAGUAUGGACCGUGUACUCCGGCGACAUAAGCCUGCGUAAAAUGAGCUAUUAUUACGGCAACAAAGUUGAAAAAAUCAUCAGUCAUGAGAAGUAUGACUCUGAAACAUACGACAAUGACAUCGCACUUCUGAAGCUUGACACACCUUUGACAUUUUCAAAGAGAGUAAAGCCGGUGUGCUUGCCAAACUUCGGCAUGGAAUUCUCAGCUGGAGAUGCAGCAUGGAUUACAGGUUGGGGAUCUUUGCGAUCAUCUGGUCCAUCCCCAGACAAACUCAAUCAGGCUUUGGUGACAAUUUACAGCAGAGAGGCAUGUAACAAUCGUGAAAUAUUAAACGGGGCAGUUACAGAAUCGAUGAUUUGUGCUGGCAAACUGAGCGGAGGCGUCGAUUCAUGUCAGGGUGACAGUGGAGGGCCAUUGGUGGUCAAAGAGGCGGAUGUGUGGUGGCUGGCUGGAGACACAAGCUGGGGGAUUGAAUGUGCUCUGAAGAACAAGCCAGGGGUCUACGGCAAUGUACCCUACUUUCUUGACUGGAUAUAUUGGAAGAUGCAGACUCAGUGAUGGAAAUACUGGUCAGCAGCAACACACAUUAUCCUUUGCUUGGGGUUCCUAAUUAAAACAAAAACUUUGCACUUUUGAAUGGAAAUGUCGGUAUGCACUGUUUGUUUCUAUUUGAACAAAUGUACAUAAAUAAAGACUUUUUUUUUUGCACAAAGGAA